CGAAACGAGUCGUCACAAUCAACAACCACACUGAUCGUCGUCGACUUUCGUUUGCUUCCGUGGUCGACGCCUGUGGUCGGCGCAGUGGCGACAGGGUGACAGUGGUCGAGCUGCCUGGGCAAGUUUCCUCGGAAGUGCCUAGACUGCCGUGGCGUGUACACCGUAGACGAUUGGCGCUCACGCUGGUCGAGAUUUGCGUCGUCCGUAUCUGUGGGGGGGUCGUGAAAAUCGGCAGUGCCCUCGUAUCAGCGGACCCCGAGCCUUAGCAACAACAAACGAGGGGCAAGUGUGCCCGAUGCCUGCGCAGCCGAGUUGUCUCGCCUCGUAGCCGACUGCCUGGGGCCAGCUGUUGGGCACCGAGGCCACCGAGCUCUAAAAUACAGCUCAACUUGCACAGCCAGCCUCUCCGCCUGAGGGGCAUGCCAGGCCAACGAAAGUUGACGGAGUAAAACAUGCUGCAGGGAGAGACCAUGGGCGGUGCGGUGAGCGCGGGCGAGGACAACGAUGAGCUCAUUGACAACCUGGUGGAGGCGGACUACAUCAAGAGCCCCCUGGUGGAACGGGUGUUCCGUGCGGUGGACAGGGCGGACUACUAUGCCGACGGCUGCAAGGAGAACGCCUACCGGGACCUGGCCUGGAAACAGGGCAACCUGCACCUCUCAGCGCCCUGCAUCUACUCGGAGGUGCUAGAGUCCCUGCUGCUCGAGCCGGGGCUCUCCUUCCUCAACUUGGGCAGUGGCACGGGCUACCUGAGCACCGUGGCUGGACUCAUCCUCGGCCCCUAUGGGGUGAACCACGGGGUGGAGCUGCAUGAGGACGUGGUGCUGUAUGCACGGCGCAAGGUGGGAGAGUUCAUGCGGGGCACGGAGGCCCUGGACGAGCACGAGUUCUGCGAGCCCCGCUUCGUGGUGGGCAACUGCCUGGCGCUGGACCCCGGGCGGCGCUACGACCGGGUCUACUGCGGCGCCUCCUGCCCCCCCGAGCACUGCGCCUUCGUCAAGGGCCUGGUCAAGGUCGGCGGCAUCCUGGUCAUGCCCUUCAACGACCAGCUGGUGCAGGUGAAGCGGACUGGGGAGAGCUCCUGGCAGGAGAAGAACAUUCUGCCGGUGUCCUUUGCAAUGCUGGUGCAGCCUUCCUCCAGGGACCCUGUGCAGGAAGUGACUCUGCCGGACUACCAGCCGGGCUCGCUGCAGGCCCUGAGCCGCACCCGCAUCCGGCGCGUGCUGCGCCAGCUCCUGGAGCGGGAGCACCCCUCGCUGGGGCAGGUGCGGCGCGCCACCCCUGCGGCCAAGAAGAAGAAGCAGCAGCUGCGGCGAAGGGUGCAGCGCAUCGUCAUUCCCAUCUUCGAGGAGAGCGACGACAGCAGCAGUCACCACGACCAGAGCAACGACGAGGAGCGCCGCCCGGGAGCCACGGAGGGCACCCCCAACGGCGAGGACCCAAUGGAGGUGAGCGACCCGCGCAAGCGGGCCGCCCAAGACAGCGACGCCGAGGCCAGAUUUGGGGGCGGUGCUGUCGCCUACCGGUCGGGCAACCCAUCGGUGGUGUGGAAGCGGGUGGCCUUCGACGAGCUCAACCUGCAGCUGGUGGGGCUCGAGAGCGACGCAGCGCCGGUGGCCGCCGAGGCCGCCAGCGGCGGCAGCAGCGGCGGCAGCAACGCCGAAGAGGAGGCGCCAGCGCCGCCGGAGCUCAGCUACUCGACGCUCAUGCGCCAGAGGAUCGUGGCGCUGCCCCUGCCGCCCCGGCUCAAGGAGUACCUCAACUACGACCGGCCGCUCUGAGGGCACCCGCCGCGGCCGGGGACUCUGCGUCUGCCGUGGCCGCGCAAGGGGACGUCAGGGCGCCACCUCUCGCGCGUCUUCUGCGACGAGCCUCGAAGGAGCCAGUUGUCAGGAUCGGCCGGAGGAGCUUGGGGAAUGACCGAGACCGUGCAAUCUUCCAACCUAUUUACCUUAAAAACACUCGAGUACACCCGGUUGCAUGGGCCCUUUGAACAGCGAAGCAGGGGUUCUUGGACACUUUAUAAUCUCGAUUGACGGCUGAGGAGCCCACCCCGAUGUUGGUGCAGACACGAUAGAGCAGCCCAGAAGCCUACGUAUACUGUGUAAAUGAUGGUGCACAUACUCCCGGGUAAGAUCGAAAAGAUGAUACCCGGUUUUUUGCGCCGCAUAAAUGGACUACGUUCUGCAGAGAGGUGAAACUUUGUGAGAAUGUGGCUGUUGCAGUGGCAAUAAAAUGCAAAAGUUCGAGCACAUGACGUUACCUGGAUCAAAAGAUACAAUAGUAAAACAAAAUUUCUGAAUGAGCCUAUGUCAACCCGAGCCUCAUAUUCGUCGAGCCGUAAUUUAAGAGUGUUUAAGAUAAUUUAGCUCAAUGAAAAAAAACUGGCCACUUAGGAAGACCACAUUGUUUUCUUUCACGCUGACAAGUUUCUUCACAGUUCGAUGCAAAUUGGGCUCGGGUGGACGUCGGCGCAGAGAAAUUUUGUUUUUGUUUAAUAUCUUUUGACCCAGGUAACGUCGUAUGCUCCUUAUGAAUUUGAUCAGCGCCACUAGCGUCACAUUUUCACGGAGUUUCGGCUUGCUGCGAUGCAUAAUUUAUUUACGCAAACUGAAAAACCAGGCUUCAUUUUCUCGAUCGAACCCUCUAGGAAGUAUGGCUUAUCCAGGGUGUCCCCGUAAAAUUCACAGUUUUAUCACCGCAAAAAUAAACUAUACAUCGCCAAAUGCUCAUUCUCCGCCCAAAGGUAGCGCUACAGGUCUGCACCAGAUGCCGAAGUUUCAGUACAAACCGAUAUUUUAUUCAAAAGUUGUAAGCGAUUUGCUGAAAGUUUCAGUGAGAAAAUGGUGACCGACAUUGCUCUGCAAUACAUGGAGCUCUAUGGCGUCGGUAGCCGAAAACGGGCCGCCAUUUUCUCAUAGGAAUUUUCAGAAAAUCGUAACUUUCGAAUAAAAUAUUGGUUCGGACCUCUAGUGUUACCUUUGGGUGGAGAAAGAGUGUUCGGCAAUCCAUAGUUUAUUUUUGCAGUGAAAAAAACCUUGUAAAUUUCUUCCGAGGGGGGGACACCCUGUAGUUAUGCGUCACUGGGUUGCUCAGAUCUGCUAAAAUAGUGUUUAAAUGAGAAAAGCACUUUAGUUGUGGGGAAGGGAUCAUAAAUGACAUUUUGGGAGAACCUUUGAGGGUACUUUAGGGAAUACCUUGGUUCAUGGGAACACAGUUUGAGGGCCCUCGCUCUAAAGAUGGGAGUCGCAUCAAUGCAGAAUCCGAGUGUUAUGGGAUUCGUGUGUGUAUAGCAAGGGCCAAAUGGAUCUACAAGACGCCUUAAACACAUCUCAAAGGCCAGGUUCGCAUGCUCAGACAUUUUGAUUUAGCAGGAAGGUAUAACUGAAUGGUGCAUUUGCUUUUUUUUCUGUAAAGUCAGUUAACUUGAAACAAUAAAAAGUUAUCUAAAAAUCACAAUUUUCUUACAGACCAAAGUGGAGUUGUCUCGCGCCUACAUAAAAUGUUGUAGGUGUUUAGGACGUCGCGAGUUAAAAACUAAAAGGUAAAGAAGAGCAUUAAAAUCCACUAGUUCUUCGUUUUGUCCUACACAAGAAUGCUCUCACUUUUAAUCUAAAAAGGUGUAACUGCGUACCAAGCCAUAGCACAAUUUUGACUUUUAUUUAACUUUUGAUGGGAGGCCAGUUUUUAUUUCAAUAUUUUCAUCGAAAAAAUGCACCACCUAGCCACAUUUUUGUGGUGAUUCACGGUGUCCGAGCUUGCGAGACCGAUUUUCGGGAUUUAUUUAAAGUGGGUUGGAUCCUUUUGGCCCUCGCUGUAGGGUUGUACUAUUGCCCAAAGCAAAACCACUUCUUGUUUAACGGUUGCAUGAAAUCCAGCCUGUAAUGGGAGCAUCAGCCUUGUGCUCGGUGCUCGAGCGCACAUGAUAGAAUUGGCAUGUCGUUUUCCAAGCUUCUGCGGUAGACCCCCAGUGACUGGUUCUAUGCAGUCUGUCUGGUCUGUGAAGGAAGGAGCUCUAGUUUGCUUUCAGCACGAUGCUGGCUGGGACAAGAAAGUAGACAUAGAUAUUUUCUGUCUUCUCAAAUAUCUAGAGUCUGCUAACAAAGAAACGCGGGUCAGGCGUCCAGCAAGACGGCUACCGCGAGCCUGCGUCGAGUCAAAGUGUGUGCCGUUGCGUGGCGAGCGGCACUCCUGCCCUAGCCAGGCGUACCACAGGUUCUGGCUGUGGCCAUUGCAGACAGUGCCGGGGGAGUGUAGUGCCAUGUCGCGUGCAUCGAGAGAAGGUACCACGAACCUUCCCGGUUUUCGUUUGUUUCUCUUUCGGGGUUCACAAAGCCGCUCGGUGUACAGAAGGCGCCGCCGGCUGUAGUGCGGGCGGCCUCCAGUGAAGUAACUGUAGCUCCCCGCGGUUUGGCCAUUACCGAAAUAAACGACGGCUUCUUUUUCCA